AUGCGUUUCACUGCUCUUCUUACUCUGGCCGCCUCGGUCUCGUCAGUCUCGGCUGCCGCCAUUCGCGAGGCCAGGCCAGUGGCUGCUGCCGUCAAUGAGCGCCAGGCUGGUCCUGCGUCUCGUCCCGACAUUGCAGCCAGGCAUCCCGCACACGCCGCCGCCCACGCAGCCCGCCGCUCCCCCGGCCACGGCUCUGGUUUGCGCAAGGUCCGCCGCCGCCGCCGCUCGUGCAAGGCCAAGACUACCGUUGCUGCGACUUCUACGGCCGCAGCCGAGCCUGCGUCGACGUCGUCCGACUCGUGGGCGGCGUCGUCGGCGUCCGAUUCCUGGUCGUCCUCCGACUCGUCGGGAGCUGCCUCUGCCUCGGAUUCCGCGGCUACCGGUAGCCUGGUCGACGGCUCGCUAUACUCCAAGCCCAAGACCACCACGAACUCCAAGACUUCGUCCGCCACCGAGUCCGAAUCCUCCUCCGACUCGUGGGGCUCAGCUUCGACGGCGUCGUCGUCGGCCUGGGACUCGGCUAGCACCGAGUCGGCUGGCUCGUGGUCGUCGUCUUCCUCAUCCGACUCGUCGUCGUGGGGUACCACCACUUCUACGGCCAACGGAUCGGCUUCGACCUCGACCUCUAGCUCGGACGCCUUCUCGGGCGUCCUCGCCCAGCUCUUCCCCGCCGGUUCCGGAUCUGCUUCGUGGACCACUUGCCCCCAGGCGGCAAACGUUCUGAGCUUCUCGGACGCUCUUACCCCGCUCCAGUCCGGUAACCUCCCGGGCACCACCACCGACAGCGGCGAGACCGUCCACACCCAGACUUACCCUGCUGGCGGCAUUGGUGGCACCACCGGUAUGAACUGGUACACCCUCGGCCAAAAGGACAAUGUCUCCCCCAGCUCGGCCAAGGAGCUCCUCUUCUCGUACUCUGUCAAGUUUGUCAACUUUGACUGGGUCAAGGGCGGCAAGCUCCCCGGUCUGUACGGCGGCACCUCGUUCGCCGAGGCCAAGUCGUGCUCUGGUGGUCGCCAGGACGCCCGCAACAACUGCUUCUCGACCCGUCUCAUGUGGCGCGAGAACGGCAUGGGCGAGAUUUACAACUACCUCCCGCAGAACUCGGCCAACUCGGCAUACUGCAGCACCCCGCCUCUGUCGGUCUGCAACGCACAGUACGGUGACUCGAUCGGCCGUGGCGCUUGGUCCUGGCAGAACAACGAGUGGAACGUCGUCUCGCAGCGCAUCAAGCUCAACGACGUCGGCUCGGCCAACGGCGAGCAGCAGGUCUUCAUCAACGGUGUUUCGGUCCUCAACCUUUCCGGCCUCGAGCUCAUCGUCGAGCAGGGUGCGGCCUUCUACGGCAUCAUGGCCCAGUCGUUCUUUGGCGGCGGCGACUCUUCGUACGCCCCGUCGUCCGACCAGACCGCGUACUUCAAGGACUACUCGCUCAUCACCCUUGCUUAA